AACCAUUAUAUUCCAUUCAAUAAAAAAUUCAAACUUUUGAUUAGGCAAUAAAAAUUGAUUAAUAAUGAAAAAAACCAUAAGGCAUCAAUUAACAAUAACCCUCGGUGCAUGCAUAAUAUUCUUGGUCAAACUAAGCCAGCCAAUAAAUCCACUUAUAAACCCACUUUAAUAAGUCUUCCAGCCUCAAACAAAACUCUCGAUCUCAGGAUAAGAUCUUCAAUAUAUAUACAUGCAUAUAUCAAAGCAACUACUGGCAAUCUUGAAAAGAGCUAUAUAUAUGUGAUCAGAAAUGGAGGCUACUAAUAAUAGAUGGUACAGAAGCUUUAGCACAGGAGGAAGAAGCAUCCGGCUGGGCCGCCGCCAUUACGCCCCCGGGCUUGAGCAUGGCGGCGACGACGACCGAGCCGCCGCUAGAAAUGGAGUAGCCAGAAAAGGGUCAAUUUGGAGACAAAUAUGGAGGAAAUUCUCGAAAGAGAAGACGAGCAAGAACGAGAAGAAGAAGAAGAAGAACGUAUUAUUGGAGUUCUCGAGGUCGGUGCAUGUACAAGUCCCCAAGUACGACGAGCACAGCUACUCGCAGAAUUUCGAUAAGGGGUCCAACUGGGACGAGCCCGAUCGACUCUUCAAAUCUUUCUCCGUUCGUUAUGCUGAUCCAUCAAGGGCGACAUUUCUCAUCGACCUCAACACCUCUUAGGCCCAGUUUGGUACACUGAAUUCAAACUAUGGAACUAGAAUUAAGGACUUCAAUUUCAAUUCUUAUGUUUGGUAGCACAAAAAUUAUGUGGAUUUGAAAUUGACAGUGUAAAAAAUGAAUUGGAAUGGCGCCG